GAAGCCGCCGUUUCACACUCUAAAUCGGGGGAACAACCUGCACUGAGCGAAUCCUCUACUACACCGGCCGGAUUCACGAGAUACACGAGGUUCAUGGUCUCGACAUUGUCGGAGCUAAGAUGGACUCAAUGGACUUGGAAUGGCGACCAGGUCAAUAUAAUCGAUACACCAGGAGGCCACGUUGACUUCACUAUCGAGGUGGAGAGAGCUUUUAGUGUGCUGGAUGGUGCCAUUCUUGUGUUUGUGUAGUGUUGGAGGAGUGCAAAGUGAGUCAGUAAACUGUUGAUAGGCAAAUGUGGAGAUACGAGGUGCCUCGUGUUGCGUUUAUUAGCAAAGCUUGAUCGUAUGGGAGCAGAUCCCUGCAAGGUUGUGAGGCAGUACAUUGAAGAAGCACAUGCUGGGCAAGUAGUCGUUGCUGUGUUUGGGAUGGAUUGAUUGUGCCUCAGGGGAGAGGUGAGUUCACGAUGGAGUACAAAGAACAUUUGUCUGUUUCGCGAUGUCCAGGUGUAACUGUUAAACGCUUACAAAGCUAGCAGGGCGACUGAAUAGAAUAACUAGACACAGCAGCAAGCCAGCAACACUGAACUCUUGUUGGGUGCCUAUGCAAAUGCAAUGAACUGAGACGGUGCCAUUGAAGGGCUAGAAAUGGCUUGCCGUCUGUGGCAUAGAAAGGUGUAAUGACAGCUCGACUCUUCUGCUGAAGUGGCCAUCCUUCAGAGCUCGGAGAACUUGGAGUAUCUCUUAAUAGAUUCUGCGAAACAUCCAUGCAUUUCACACUCAACCUAGUAUUAUGAC